AUGUCUUCCCUCUUGCGCUUGUCUGCACUGACCUUGUUCAUCAGCCUGGCACUGAUCUCUGCCACGCUGGGUGUGCCCAUCGACAGCGAGUUGCAAGCAGCGACGCUAGUAGAGCGCCAAAAUGGAUUCGCUCCUCGUGACACCGCAACAAUCUUUCCAGGCGUGAACACCAACACCGCAGGAGGAUCUUGCACUUCCAACUUCAUCUUUACUGAUGGCCCCAACCUCUACAUCGGUCAAGCUGCUCACUGUUCCUCCACUGGCCAGGCCACCGAAACCAAUGGAUGCACUCCAGGCGCAUCGCUACCGGAAGGAACGCCAGUGAACAUCACUGGCGCGACGCGUCCCGGCGUACUGGCCUACAACAGUUGGGUCAGAAUGAGCCGCAAUGGAGAGACGGAUCAAAACGCUUGCAACUUCAACGACUUUGCUCUCGUCAGGAUCGACCCUGCCGAUAAGGGUAGGGUGAACCCCACCAUUCCCACUUUUGGCGGACCCACGGGCGUCAGACAGAGAACGUCCCCUCUGGGAAACAACGAACCAAUCUACUCCUAUGGUAACUCGGUCCUCAGACAAGGUCUCACCUUCCUUUCUCCCAAAUACGGUCUCAACGUCGCCACUCAAAACGGCGGAUGGGACCACAACACGUACACUUUCACCCCCGGAAUUCCCGGCGACUCUGGCUCAGGAUUCGUCGACAGUCAAGGCAGAGCCUACGGUGUUCUUUCCACGCUGCAAUUUGCUCCCCGCCCCUUGUCCAACGGUGUUGCAGACCUGCCCCUUGCACUUCAGUACCUCUACCGCUCGCCCGAUUUCGCAAACCUCAGACUUGUUCCCGGCACUGCACCCUUCAGAGUUGCUUUGCCAAGUCUCGGAAGCCUCUUCGGAGGCGGUGCUAAAGCUGCCUCUCAACGCAGCGUGACUCUCAAGGACCUCAAGGCCUGA